AUGAUCUUAAAUAAAAGAAUACUGUUAGGGAUAUCUAUCUUAUUUACAUUUGCAGGUUUUAUAUUCGUUUGUAUUGCAACAGCAGGUUCCACAUCUAAUUAUAAACCAAUUACAAAUGUGUAUUUUGGUGAUGCAUCUAUUUCCCAUAUCAAUGUUUCCAAAGUCUUGCCUGUUUUUACUCCAGUACUAGAAGUUUUGGGAGCUGCUCUUUUAGCACCAGGUGUUGACGGAGAUUUCGUGUUUUCUACUAUGAGAAACAUUUCUCACACUUCUGUAUUAUUGCCAUUUUUGACUCUUCUGAUUAACUGUGAAAAUACAACAACUGCUUUAAGUUCUCUAAUUAAUCUAACUCCUUUAGUCUUAACUAGCCAAACUGGUAAUACUAAGACUGAGUUAGAAGAUCUUAACAAUUUGUUGGCUGUGUCCAAAAAUAGCAAUGAGACUGUUGACUAUUUACAAACUUUAUUAAAUGAAGUUUUGAGCAACAGUUCUACUCAAAUGGAGGAAUUAAAAAAUACUGCGUUUACUUUAUUACAGGAUUCUUCUGAUCCUGCUAAUACCACUGGUAGUUUAGUGACUUUAUCUAAUCUAACCCUUACUGAUAUCAUUCCACUACAACCAGCUUUUAAAUUAUUACAGAAUUCUAAUAAUGCUACUGCAUCAUUUUUGGACCUGAUAACUUUAAUGAAUGCAACUAUUCCAACGAACUUGGCAGAAACAUUGUUUACCACAUUACAACGUGCUAUUAACUCCGGUUCAAAUAUCACUAAUGUUCUUACAAGUUUAUCUUCUAUGUCAUCCAAUUUCGCAGCAUCUGGAUUAGCUCUAGAAAAUAUUUUAACUUCUGCUAAGAACGCCAAUAACACUUUGGGUUAUCUAAAUUCUAUUUUGGAAGCUAACCUAACAUCCUCUGUUACUGCCAAAAAAGUAUUAUCCACCAUUACAGAUUUGUACAAUGAUGCCAAAAAUAAGACUCUUUUAUUAGGUUCUUUGACUAGUUUGGUAUCUGCUGUUGGUAAUACUAAUGCCACUAAUGAAUUAACCACCAUGUACAAUAUCUUAGACAACAGCAAUAAUGCGGCCAGUAACGUCGAUAAUUUAAAAAGUUUACAAAGUAUUAUACUCACUGAUACUUCAAAUAACCGGUAUAUCCCAUACUUAUUUGAUAUCUUACGUACUUCCAAGGAUCCAGCAGGUAGUUUUGGUGCUUUAUUGAAUGUUACAUCAUAUGCCUUCUCGAAUCUUGCAGAAUUCACUCCCUUACUAUCUCUAUUGAGAAAUGCCUCUACUGCAUCUAUUCCAACUAAUGAAGAACUAUAUAAUAUUACCCCAUUGGUUAUUAAAGAAUUGAAUAUCCCAUCUGCAUUUAGACUAUCAAUUUUCACGUUAUGCUAUCUCAAUGACAAAGAUGAAGUAACAUACUGUUCCAAAUCUCACGCCGUUCAAAACUUGGAUUUCAGAAAUAUUAUGUAUAAAGCAUUAAUUGGAUCUGAUUUUGAACCUUACCUACGAGCAUUAAACAUCACCGCUAAUGAUUUAUACUUAGAAGGUCAUUUAUUGAAAAAACAACAUAUGUAUGCCCCAGCUAUCAAGGCCGUACUAUCCUUCAAUAUUUUAUUCAUUAUUUCCUCAUUCUUUAUCUUAUGCUUCUUUAUCUACAUGUUUAUCAAGCAUAAUGAAUUUGCUUUACCUCAUUUGGGUUGGUUUGGAUUAUUACUUUUAUCUUUAUGCUGUUCAUUAUUCUCUGGGUUAUCUGCUACUAUUGUUGCAUGCAUGGUCACAAUUAUUAAGUCUGGUACUUAUAAAGAUAAGUUUAACGUUGUUUAUACUACAGGAGGUGCAUACUAUGGUCUUUCAUGGUGUGCAUUUUCCAUUUCUUUUAUCACUUCAAUGAUUGUCGGUCUAAUGUGGCUAGGUCAUUGGAGAGGUAUUCAUCAUGGUGCAUUACCAUUUGUUGACAAGGAAGAGGUCAUCAUGGAAGCUUCCACUGAGACUGCAUCUGACAGUUCCUCUAAAGUCAGUAAAGAUCACGUAAUAACUUCUGAACAAAAAGUCUAA